AUGGUACCCAACACGGCCAUCCGCGUUCCUCCCGCGAAGCUCGUCAGCUGCCGCGAGCAUGUCGUCCCCGGCCAGUUCCUCACCGCCGAGCUCUUCUUCCAAGUCCCCCUCGACUAUGAAGACCCAGACUCCGGCACCAUCACCAUUUUCGGUCGCCGCAUCGCGAAGCGCGACAUGCCCAUCACCCCGCCCGAUGACGAGGAUGCGAAGAAGGCGGCGAACAAACCGUACAUGGUCUUCCUCGAGGGCGGCCCGGGCUUUGGCAACCGUGACCCCCAGGACCAUCCGUUGACCCGCAUCGCCGUACCUAGGGGUUACCAAGUCCUCUUUCUCGACUACCGCGGUGUGGGCAUGAGCACGCCUGUCUCGGCCGCCAUGCUCGCCAAAAUCGGCGACGCCGACGCCCAGGCCAAGUAUCUCGGCCUCAUGCGUCAGGACAACACGGUCCGCGACUGCGAAGCCGUUCGCAAGUGCCUGACCGCCGGCUGGCCCGACAUCAAGGCAGUCUGGUCCAUCUUCGGCCAGUCCUACGGCGGUUUCGUCAGCUUGUCCUACUUAUCCAUGCACCCAGAAGGUCUCGCCGAGGUCUUCCUCACCGGUGGCCUUGCCCCCGUCGGAAAGACGGCCGACCAAGUCUACGAGGCAACCUUCCGCAAGACGAUCGAGCGCAACAUCGAGUACUACGCCAAAUUCCCCGCCGAUGUCGCAGUCGUCCGCCAGAUUGCGGCCCAUCUCGAGAGCGAAGGUGGCGUUGCUCUGCCGUCGGGCGGUACCUUGACCGUCCCUCGCCUGCUUACCCUCGGCAUCGCCUUUGGUGGCCACGGGGGCUUCGCAAAUGUUCACAACACCCUUCUCCGCCUCAAGACCUCUCUCGACCAGCUCAAAUUACUCGACCGCUCCGCGCUGCAGCAGGUGGAGACUUUCACUCCCUUCGACACCAACAUCAUUUAUGCCAUCCUCCACGAGGCUAUUUACUGCGACGGACCGGAAAAGCCAUCGGCCUGGGCCGCGUACCGCGUUGGCAAGGCUCUCAAGCCCUUUUCCUGGCUGAAUCCUGGAUACGAGUCCGCUUCGGCAGAUGAUCCCUUGUACUUCUCCGGCGAGAUGAUAUUUCCCACGCAUUUCGAAACUUACCCGGAGCUCAUCUCCCUGCGUGACGUGGCCGAGAAAAUUGCGACGAGAACCGAUUGGCCGGCCCUGUACGACGAGGAGAGACUGCGCAACAACACGGUGCCCGUCUACGCCGCAUCCUACAUCGAGGACAUGUACGUCGAGCACAGCUUGGCCAGGGAAACGUCAAGGCUCGUCAAGGGCACCAAGGUCUUCGAGACCAACAUCGUCUACCACAACGGCUUGCGCGCCAGAACGGACGAGGUCUUGCGGCAACUCUUUAGCCUACGUGACGAUGUUUUGGAUUAG